GUUCGUUCCAGAUAGGUGAUAGCAGCAUCCAGAUCUCUUUUCAGGCAUAUUUUAUGCCAUCUGGUCACCAUCCAUGGGCUAGACAAGCACGGCAUUGAAACAGCGUAAAACCCCCGUCGUUCGGUUAAUUGGCUGUGACACACCAUCUCCACCGUUCUGGAAUCACGCAGAUAAGGUACCUCUAUGGUAGGCUGCACAAUUACACUAUACCUAGCCCACGGCACCACCUACCUCGACAUGCCAGGCUACCUCGCUACUGUUUGACCAUUUCAACCAUCCUGGAUCCUACCAACAUCUAUCUCAUCAUUCACGUCUUCCAACCCACCGUCUGUCAACACUGCGCUUUCAAUCAUCAAAGAUCUAAACGCUUUCCAGGAGAACAGGUGGCCCAUCAUGUCUGCGCCAACCGACAGCAAUGUUUCCAAGCACGCAACGGUAGAACCCGCGCCCGAAUCCCCUACGACAGCUCGACCGUUUGAAUUGGAUGACGACGAAGCUCAGGAGAAUGUCCCCUUGGGCACCGAUACCACAACAACUGCUACCACACAGAAUAAUACGUCUGGUUCUGACGAGAACCCCCCAGCCAAGCCUCCCCGCCCAUUGACCGAGGAACAAAAGAAUCAGCAGAUUCUGAAGGAAGCGUUUCCGUCCAUCGAUCUUACUGUCAUCAAGGCAGUCCUCAGGGCCAGCCGCGGACAGAUCGAGCCCGCCUUCAACGCUCUUCUCGAGAUGACGGAUCCCGAUGCAGUUCAGAACGAUGACGUACCCCCGCCGCCUCCCCCGAGGCCCGCGGCGCAACCCGGCGGUCCUACUUCCACCGAAAGGUCCCAACUGGAGGCUGAUGAGAUAUACGCGCGUCAACUUGCAGAGCAUUUUGAGAGUACCGCCGCGUAUGAGGCCAGAACCGCCAACCGCGGAACUCCGGGCUCUUCUCGUGAGCCCACUGCCGCCCGCGGACCGCACAUGCCUCCGCGCCAUCGGCAGGAGACGGGCCUGAAGCCAAAUGAGCUGUACGACGACAGGGAGCACAGCUUCAUUGAUGAUGAUCUGCCGGUUAUCAAGGAGAGCUUGCGCAAGGGGUUUAUCGAGACACAGAGCAAGGUCAAUUCAUGGUUCACAACUAUCAAGAAGAAGAUUGACGAGACUUUUGAUGAGGAUGAGAAUGAGCGCCGGCAAAACGAGAGUAAUGCGUUCAUGGGAAGACCAACUCGGAAUCAGCAGCGCAGAAGUGCAGAUUACGACCGUUAUGAUGCUGAUCCGGCCAUCCUCAGCGAUGACUUUGCGGGCAUGAAGUUCAACAAUGAUGGCACGCCUUACACCGCCCAGAGCACACAUCAGCAGCUGUACGGUAACCCUCAUGCGUUCAGACCACCACCACCUUCCAAGUCGCCCAAGUCCUCAGACGGCAGGAAGGUAUCGUUUAGAGAUACGGUGGAAGACAUCAGCGCCUACGACGCAUCACCGAGGAUGCAGCCCAAGGAUAGUGCUGCUGCGGCCCCGGGAAGUAGCAGUGCUGCUGGGUCGGCAACCAAGACAAGCAAAUGGCAGCCUUUGUCGUCAGUUGACCCGAAUCCGAUUGCGGACAAUGAUCCAUUCAGCCUGGGAGACAGUGACGACGAGUUCGAACAAGGUCAUAGGCGUAACCAGUCUGGCAGCAGUCAGAUCAAGAUGGAGGAUAAUACAGCAACGGAUGCAGAUCACGAGAGGUUGAGACAGGCAACGGCCGAUGCCAUGGCUGAUAGUUUGGUGGAGGGGGAUAAGGCGAAGAAGAGUGAACAGGCGAAGUAAAGGAUUACAGGAGUUGUUCGAGGCAAUAGGAAGUUUGUAUAAUCCGCUGUCAAUCAAGAUACAUUUUAGUCCAUGAAAGAAAGGUGGCUAGAUUCAGCUGUGG